ACUUGUUCAGAUUGGCACUUUGGGUGGAUUGACUUGUGUGUGUGAGUGUGUGUGUGGGAGAGAAAGUGUGUGAGCCUCCUGUUUCAUGAAGUGAACUGAAACGGGAUCUGGGAGACUUUCGGCUAUUCCUCUGCUGGAUUUUAAGGACAAAUCCCUGAAUGAUCGAUGUGCUUACUUUGCACGGAGCUGCAAAUACAUGCUGGAGAAAGAGAGCAAAAAUGUUUUUUUAAUACAAAUAAAACCAGCACCAGGAACAAGAAGAGUCGGAUAUUUCUCUAAUUAAAAAGAAAAAAAAAGGGACGAAAAGGAGUGACUUAUUGAAUUGAUGCGUUAGAAUGGAGCGUCUAACUGCUGAGACACUGGAUAAUAAACACUCAGGACACUUUUGUGGCGGAGAUUUCACACCUAAUACAUUUUUGUGAAUCUUGAAGACUGAAGGAUUUCUGGCUCAGACUUCUCGCAUGGAGCUGGCUAGAUAACAGUUAGCCAGCUAGCUAAGUUAGCUUGCAGUGUCUCUUGGAGAACAUGUUUUUUUUUUAUUUAUUUUAAUUCGAGUUAACCACAAAGGGGAAAUACUUAUUACACCGUUAUAGAUUUAAAGGAACCUUUGUUUAAACCGAGCCUUUGAUGACAGUUGAAACAUUGUAACUGUGUAACUGUUACAUGUAACGAGCCUGGACGCGCGCGCUGUGAUUACAAACCCGAGGAUACUUUGUUUCACACAUCAAACAGCUGUUCUGGACUGUUUAUUUAUUUGUUUUGUUUCCUUCGCGUAAACAAUGGGUUCAUUAAAAGCCCUGCAGGAGUGGUGUCGACUCCAGUGUGAAGGAUACAACGAUGUGGACAUUAAGAACAUGUCCGCGUCCUUCAGAGAUGGACUGGCUUUCUGUGCUAUAAUCCACAAACACAGGCCUGAUUUAAUAGACUUUGAUUCCCUCUCCAAAGAAAAUGUCUACGAAAACAACCGGCUGGCGUUUGAGGUGGCAGAGAACGAGCUGGGUAUUCCAGCACUGCUGGACGCAGAAGACAUGGUGUCUAUGAAAGUGCCUGACCGUCUCAGCAUCAUCACCUACAUCUCACAGUACCAUAACUACUUCACCAACAAAUCUCACGCUAAUCCUCCCUGUUUGAAGAGACCAGGCAGUUCGGGUCAUAUCGAGCCAGCAAUAAAGAAACCACCCACACCUCUAGAAGACAAAACCGCAACAUCUGAGGCGAAUGAAUCAAAACGCAGCACCCUGAGCAGUACGUGUGCUGCCUGUGAGAAACACGUGCAUCUGGUGCAGAGGUUCCUCGUCGAUGGCAAACUCUACCACCGUAACUGUUUCAGGUGUAGGGAAUGUAGCAGCACCUUAUUGCCUGGCUCUUACAAACUGGUGGGAGAGGCUGGAUCUCUGGUCUGCACACAUCAUUUCGCCCGGAAAUCUUUAAACAGCCAGAACGGUCGUCCAGAUCUGAGCAAGCAGCUUAGCCCGGUAUCAUCGAGUGCCAGCCCUGACUCUCCCCCAAGUGGGGGAAGUUUGGAAGAAGCACUGCCAGAUCUUUCAGAUGCCAAUGAACACAUUACUCCAUCAAAUCACUCGCCCAAAACACACUCUCUGGAGAAAGAGAAGGAGAUUAGGCAGAAUGAAAUAGCAAGGGAGGAGAUAGCAAAGGAAUCCGAGGGUAGCGUGAAAGAACAGAUCGAACCCCGUCCUCCCAGUCCAACAAAUCCUUUUGAUGAAUCUGAUGAAGAGGAGCUAAAGGAGGGAAAGCAGCCGCAGCCAUCUGCAGGAGUCGCCAAUGGUGCCUUUUCACUGACCCCAGCACAAAGUACCGCAGAGGAGAAUCGACCAAAACCUGCGCCUAGAAAAGUGUCUGACCCGUGCCCUAGUGCUCGUCCUGUGCCCAGGCCACGCCCUCCAAGACCCGCGCAGAGCCCAGCAGUCAGUGAGAAUGAAAGCGAUCUCAGACCAAUUCCACGUGAAAGAUCACGGUCACCUGCAAGCUCCAUUCAACCCAGUGACACUCCCAAACCCAAAGACCCUCCCUGGCUGGCUCUUGUCAAACAAGAGUCCAGGAAAAAGUUGGCUCCUCCUCCUCCCAGACCUGUAGCCACUCUACCACAGUCUUCAGCCACUCCUGCUAAAAUCGAAGAGGAAACUGGGUCAGCCUCGGCCCCUAACCCUUUUGAUGAUGACGACAACAAUGAAGAAGAAGAGGCCAGACCAGCAGAGGUGGCAGUCCCGUCUUCUGUGGUCGCAGUCCAUCCGUGGUAUGGGAUUUCCCAGCCUGCCGAGGUCACCACCGAGAGCCUCACCCCUUCCGAAAGUCCAGGAAGUGUCGGGAGCAAAAAACGUCCGGCGCCCAGAGCCCCGAAAUCUGUUUCUACAGGCCUUUCGCCUUCUCAGUCUUCCUCUGCCUGUCCCUCUCCAGCUCUGAGCACAGAGAGUCUUUCCUCCUCCUCGUCUGAGCAUGGCUUCCCCCGGACUCCAGCCAACGCCAAUGCUUGCCAACGGCCGUCUACUACCGAACAGGAGCAUCCAGUCACCAAAAGUGUGUCAGAACCGUCAAUCAACAGUCCUGGCUCCUCCCCCUCGGCUGUUUCAUCUGAACCCAAGUCGGAUCUCUCACCUCAUCCCUCUCCUUCGCAGCCCUACAGUAAUACUUGCUCAGCACCGGCCACACCAGAGAUGAACAGGAGUGCAGGGAGCAAGGCAAUGAGACCGCCCCCUCCCCGCCCACCAGCUGCUCCAAGUCCUCUGAUUGGCUCUCCCACCUCGCAGCAAAACACGCCCAAUAAGCGGGUAAAUCCUUUCAAUCGGAAGGCCUCCCCAACAGUCACCUCCCCACAAGCCAAACCCCCUAAAGGCCCUCGACCCGCUCGCCCUCCUGCCCCAGGACAUGGCUUCCCUCUCAUCAAACGCAAGGUGCAAUCAGAUCAGUACAUCCCUUUUGAGGACAUCCAUGUGGAGAUGGGGACACUGGAGAGGCAGCUGGAUGAGCUGGAGCAGAGAGGAGUAGAGCUGGAGCAGAAACUCAGAAAUUGCCCUAACGACGAGGAGGAGGAGCGGCUGCUGGUGGACUGGUUCACCCUGAUUCAUGAGAAACAUCUAUUGGUACGGCGAGAGGCAGAGCUGGUAUACACGGCCAAGCAGCAGCAUCUGGAAGAAAGGCAAGCUGAUGUGGAGUAUGAGCUUAGGUGUCUCCUCAACAAACCAGAGAAAGAAUGGAACGAUGAGGAUCGAGACAGAGAGAAGCAACUGAUGGACGAGUUGGUGACCAUCAUCGAGCAGAGGAACCAGAUCAUCAACAGCAUGGAUCAGGACAGACAGAGGGAAGAAGAGGAGGACAAGCUAGUGGCUGCCAUGUUAAAGAAAAAAGAGUUCCAUGGUGAAAGUGAACCCAGGAAAAAACCUGCGAAGUUUAAACCCAUGAAGGUGUUGAAAAGGCUGAGCACCAAAGGUGAGGUAGCGAAGAGCCCGAGCCCACGGAAAGAGAAAAGCUGAGAAGAGUCCAUCUUGACCUCGUAAUAACAAAGGACUGCAGAUCGAUUUGGCUGGAAGAUGACACCCUGAAUGCAGCCAGUUCUCAUUAUAACAUGUCUUUGUACAUCACUGCAGUGUCAUUAAUUAAUAAGGAGCUCAAGCCUAGCAGCCGCUUUUACCCGCUACCUUUUCAUUAGUGAAUAGAAAUCUAAAGAAGAGUUGUAAUCUGGAUUAGAUAUUCGAUCAGCAUUGAUGUUUGGUUUUGCGCUGGAAAAUACACCCAUCAGCCAUAACAUUUACAUUACAGAAUUUGUCAGAUGUCCUUAUUUAGAGUGACUUACAGUACAUUUAAAUCUCAUUAUACAUCUGAGGUUAAGGGUCUUGCUCGAGGGCCCAACAGUUGUAUCUUGGUGGUGCUGGGGUUUAAACCGGGGACCUUCCAAUCACUAGUCCAACACCUUAACCACUGAGCUACCUCUGCCCCUAACAUUAACAAAGAUACAGUAAACUGGUGACAGGACCAUGGGCACCCAAGGCUCACUCGUGCCCUCAAGGACCAAAGAUCAGUUUCUCUGGUCCUAUCCCACAGAAGAGCCAAUGCAGUACAACAUGUUGGGGGGGAAAAAAAGUCAAUGCUGGCCAAGAUAAGAAGAGACCAGAACACUUAGUGCACUAUAGUCCGCCAUUCACAACGGAGUCCAGCGGGCUCAAAGAGCUCAACAAUGCAGACCCGGCCCCCAAACUCCAACGAGAACCCAUGGGAAGUGCUGGACAAACUAGUCCGAUCCAUAGAGGCCCCAACCCACAGCACCCAUAGGAUCCACUGCCAACAUCCUGGUGGCACCACAGAGGUCUUAUGGAGGCUUGUGGAGUCUCCACGAGGACCUGCCCAGGUGGCACUUGCACAUUAUUGGGCUUAAUGUUUUGCAUUGUAAUGUGAUGGCUGAUCGGUGUAAAUACGGUGGCCUGGGGAAAAACCAUUCUCAUAGUGAAAGUUCGAUACUUUGCUGAACUUUUGCUUGUCUUUUUUUAAAUUGAAAAGCAAAAAAUGCAAGAAUGAAAAGACAAGCAAAGGACGGUUGGAACCAAGAGUAAAAAUUCAUUCAUUUUAGGUACUAAUGUCUUAGAAUGUUAGGAUGUGUGUAACGUGUUAACAUGCAUUUAGAUUGUAUACAUUAAAAAAAAGUACAAGACUAGGAGAACAGUACGUGCAGGCUUUCAAAAACUUGUAUACAUGUACAGUCUGGUGCUAGGAGGAGAGAGGAUUACCACCAUAACUUAUGCAAGUCUUAUACCGAGCUGUAAUCAAUCAUGCACUGCGCUUCCUCUGUGUAGGUUUCCCAGCAACAUGCACUGUAUAGUGACUGUAUGAUGUCAUUCAAACGUGUUUGGGUAGGAACCCUUAAUUAUGUUCAGUUGCGGUUUUCAAUGUGCAUCAUGUUCCUGUAAAAAUAUUUUUAAAAAAACCCAAACAGCCUAACCAGCGCAGUUAUUGCAAAGAAAGAUGCUAAUUAUUAAUGAAUAUGAACUCUAUUAAUGCUAUGAAUAUGUUUACCCCAGCAUCUACAGUCGGUUUCAUCAUGUCUGCUUGUGUAGAACUGUGAUCUGGCUGUGUCUGGAUCUAAUGUCCAACUUUAAAACCCAACCUUUACAAGAUGACUAACUUUUUAAAUGUGGGAACAUUUUAUUACCAUGAGUUAUUAACCAGGAAGCUCUGUAACAAAAAAAAAAAAAAAAAAAGCUAAAACUUGCAAUUCCGUCUUUUAUCUGAAACGCCUUGGAAUUGUAGUGUGAGGUUGAAGUUCAACUUUUGAGAACCGUGAAGAGCGCGCGAAUGUCUGAAAAUGUACCGUUGUUUAUGUAUUUAUAAAGAAGGUCCUGUUAUAGGUGAUGUCUUUGUGUUGACAUUUCGGUUUGUCCCUUUGUCUACUAUUGUGUUAACAUCCUUACUCUGUCCUUUUUUUUUUUUUUUUAGUUUUUGUGCCUCUGAUUUAAAAAAAGUAAUAAAAUCCAAGUGCUUUUGUUGCAUAGAAACGUGUUAAGAUCAUGCAAGCACAUUAUUUUCGGAGGCAAAAUGGAAAAGAAUUCAUGUAACGAAACAUGAUAAUAAACAGCAGCACAUGUAUAAACUUAUGUCUGAUUCA